UAAAAUUUACAAUUAUCAAUACGUUCAAGUGAUGAAUAUUGUCAAGUCGUGCCAAUCGAGAGUAGACACGUAAUUUCAACAUUAUAUUGGCUAUAAAUUCAAGAAGAAUGUUGUACAAUAUUUUCAUUAUAUUUUUCAUAAUUAACAUCGAGCAUAACGCGAAUGCUGCUGAAGAUAUUUUAGUACAACUUCCUAUUGGACAGAUUAGAGGUGGUACCAGAAAAACAAUCACUGGGACAAAUUUAUAUUAUUUCCAAGGAGUACCUUUCGCCGAACCACCAAUAAACGAACUCCGAUUUCAGGCACCUAGGCCAAAAUUACCAUGGGAAGGAAUCUGGGAUGCAACACAAGAGAGAAGUUAUUGCUAUCAGAUGACAUCAGCCACACCUGAUGGUAACGAAGAUUGUUUAUUCAUCAAUAUAUUCACUCCACAGAAGCCUUCUUUGAACGGCAGCCUUCCGGUAAUGUUCUUUAUUUACGGAGGUGGAUUUAUUGAAGGAGCAUCUGUAGAGAUCAAUUAUGGACCAGAUCAUUUCAUGGAUUACGGUGUCAUCAUCGUGACAUUCAACUAUAGAGUUGGACCUUUUGGUUUCUUCUCAACUGGAGAUGACGUGAUCCCGGGAAAUAAUGGACUGAAAGAUCAACUCUUAGCUUUGAAAUGGACAAAUCAGUAUAUUAAAUACUUUGGAGGCGAUCCCAACAAAAUAACAAUAUUUGGUCAGAGUGCUGGAGCUGCUUCCGUUACCUAUCAUAUUCUGAGCCCUAAAUCGAAAGGCCUCUUCAAAGCAGCUAUUUGUCAAAGUGGGUCAGCUUUGAGUGCAUGGGCUUAUCAAGAUAAUCAAAAGAAUAUUUCAUAUCGCUUAGCUUCUUUCGUCGAACCAGAAUUUGACAUUCAUAAUGCCUCCUCAAUGGAAGUUUACCAGUAUUUGAAAAAUGUUCCAGCCGAAGUGAUAGAUAGAGCUUCACACAGGUUGUACAAAUUGGAGAACCCGGCUGAUUUACAGAUCGUUCAAGGAUUUUAUUUCGCACCUGUUGUGGAAAAUGAACAUGAAGAUGCAUUCAUUACGAAACCCAUGUAUGAAAUAUGGAAAAGUGGUGAAGUAAAUAAUGUUCCUCUCCUAUCUGGUGUUAACACUGAAGAGUCAUUGUUUUAUACUGAUAGUGACGGAUCAACUGAAGCAUAUGCAGCUAAUCCUUUGCUAUUGAUUCCUAGAGGAAUGCAUCUGAGAAAGAAGGAUGAAAAAGUAGUUGCUGAAAGCAUCAGACACUUCUAUUGCAACAAUGGAAGUUUUCUGGAAAACCCUAGACAGCUAAUCAAGUAUUUCAGUGAUCAGAGUUUCGCUAGAUCCAUCAUCGAAACAGCUAGAUUACACUCAAGAGUGGGCGAUGUAUUCUUUUAUCAAUUCGCAUAUCAUGGAGUUCUGGGGGGACAAACUGACAAAUCAGUGGAAGGAUUUUCUGAAGAUGUGAGACAUGGCGAAGAAAUAAGUUAUCUAUUCCGACGUAAUUAUGGGGGCUUGAAUACUACCGAUUUAACCAAAUAUCCAGAGAUGGACCAAAUCGUCCAGAAGAGAAUGAUUAAGAUGUUCACUGACUUUGCAAAAUAUUCAACUCCUACCCCAGAACCAAUCGAUCUUUUACAACAUCUCACUUGGCCAAACCGUAAGAUUCCAGACGGUGAACUCUACGUAAAAGUAGCAACCUUAUUUAGAUAG